UGGUCAUAGGCAAUCCAUGGCGCGGCUCGUUCGCCAACUGCCAGCCUAAGUUCACUUUACUUCCACCUAAGUUGUCGCUUACAAAUUUCCGCCCCACCGCGAACCGUGGACUUCUCAUAGGGAAUUUAAAACCAAAUCGCAUAACCGACCAAAUUGACAUCCAAAAGCUCCAAGUGUCUGCAACUACCGAGUAACCAAUUUGCGCAGUUUACCCAUCGGGAUACCGAUUAGAGCAUCAACGUCAAAUCUAAACUAGCUGUUCCAAGUAAAGUAAAAGAAAAAAGAAGAAAAUCUCAAAAAGAGUUAUCAAAAAGCCAAGUCUUCCGCGGAUCAGGGCACGAUUCUUCGUUGGGUGCCGAUCCGCUACCAAAAACAGUGAUUCAUUCACCGCGAAUUCAUGACAGAGUACGGGACCGGGGUAACCCUAAAUACUGUCCACCAACUCCAUGUCAGGGACUCCAUCACGAGCUAAAACAGAGAUAAUGAUAAUUGACAUAGAGUUUCCCAUUGAUGAACUAUCAGCCGGUUCAAAAUACUUCCUGUCUCGUGCUCGGUGACUUUAUCCACGCACGCUGUAGACCUAGACCCUGAAACCAGAAACGAGUCUAGACGACCAGGGACUUUCGUGCGCUUGCGCCGAUGACAUAUUGAUCCACAGUGAGUAGCGCUGGGAGGAAAGUCCACUCGAGUUGAAUAAAUAUGGCCGUCCGAAUUGUCGUUCAGCUGUUGAGGGUCCUUCCAGUGCUCGCGAUACCCAUCUUCGGGGUUGAAACCAUUAGCCUUCCUCGGUCGGGCCUUGAGGACAACUUCGUCGAAGAGAACCAACCCCGGACCAGCUUAGAUUGUCCUGGGGAGGACGAACUUCUUCUGGGACUGUUUCGUGCCAUACAAUCAGUAGCUGAUCAAAUCUCGGUGCCGCAGCUCAUUGAGAACCGAAUAUGGCGAGGACCCCAAAAUCUAGGACAAAUUUCUGGAGUUUCCGUGGACCCUUCCGGAAAACCAGUAGUGUUCCAUCGCGGAGAUCGAAUUUGGGACUAUCAAACCUUCAACAGUUACUUCCAAUACCGAGAGGAAUUUCGUGGGCCAAUACAGCAGGAUACCGUUUUGACAUUAAAUCCUUACACAGGCGAUGUCGAGGACAGUUGGGGAGGUAACAUGUUCUAUAUGCCCCAUGGAAUCCACGUGGACCAUUUCGGAAAUGUGUGGUUAACGGACAUUGCUCUGCACCAAGUCUUCAAGUUCCUAAAAGGUUCCAAGACCCCAAAUUUGAUCCUUGGUCGGCGAUUCGAGCCAGGAUAUGACGCGACGCAUUUUUGUCAACCAACCUCGGUAGCCGUCUCCAAAACCGGCAAAAUUGUCAUAGCUGACGGAUAUUGCAACAAUAGGAUCAUGUUGUUCAACCCUUCUGGAGAACUACUGGAUAUAAUUCCCCAACCCGGAGACCAUCUGUCUCUGCAAGUACCCCAUGCUCUGACCAUCCUGGAUAAGGGGGAUGUUUGCGUGGCCGAUCGUGAAAACAUGAGAGUAAUUUGUCUGAACAUCGGCCUAAACGGAACUGAAAGAUCACGCGAUCCAACGUUCACAUUUCAGAGGCCCGACCUCGGCAGAGUUUUCGCAGUGGCAUCAGAUGGUAAUUACAUCUAUGCCGUCAAUGGCCCAACAUCGCCGGUUAUUCCGAUUCGGGGCUUCACGAUGAGCACCAAAGUUGAAGACUUAGCGAGGCACUGGGGUCCUUUCAGCGGCUCGUUCCAGAAACCACAUUCAAUCGCAGUCUGCCCGAACGGAACUGCACUCUACGUGUCGGAGAUCGGGCCGAACAAGGUUUGGAAGUUCGACCUCGUCUAGUGAACCUUCCCCGAGGUGAACAUACCCUGCGUGGACAUGCGUGUAAAAAAAUAAUUAAAGAAGAAAAAUCGAAAAAAAAAAAAUUGCAACCCAACGUUAGACGAAUUUGACAAGUGUCUGAUACGAUCGUCAAAGCGUGCAAUGAUUUGGUGCAUUGCAUCAUCCUAAGAAUUUUUCCCUGUCGUAUGUUUCGUGUAUCAAAGAGUACAAUGUAAUAGUACAUACAAUAGAAGCGGUACUCUCUGGUACGUUCACAUCAGACGGCACUAAAAAAAUUCAAAGUUUGCCUACUUUGGUGCCUAUCAAAUAGUCGUCAAAAUUCUCACCGUAAACUGUGUCCUCCCAUUUUGCGGAAUAACUCGAUACUUUAUAAAUUAUAGACAAUUACAUAAUCCACAUUGUAUAAAAGAAAGUUCACGGAUCACAUCGUGUACUUUCGGUAAAAGCGUCUCAACGCGUGCUAGGUUACCCCAUGCCAUCUGUGACGUCAUAGAAUGCGACAAAAGUUGGGAAGGAAACAAAAGGGAUCGAGAAAUAAUAUGAAUAUGCAUAUUAUUACACACGCACACCCCCACACAAUUUUUCUCACGUUACACUUAACCGGGUACCAAUCGCAAUUGCUUGCAAACCUCGACGGUACGCAAUGAAUAUAAUGCCGAUUAAGGGGGUAUGAAAGUUGCCUCAAAGAGGCCUCGUUUAUGAAACUUUUCUCCGAAAUGGGUGUACCGAAUUGUUUCAAACUUUACAAUGUGAUUACGAAGGCUAUAAGUAAGGUUCUGACACCCGUGAAAUUUCAAUUCUCGAAAUAUUUCUAAAAUUUUGUAUAAAAAUGAAAUUUCAUGGGUGUCAGCACCUUCCUUAUAGUCUCCAUGUUCACGUUACAAAGUCUGAAACUAUGCGGUACACUCAAUUCAUAGAAAAGUUUCAUGAAUGAUUCCCCUUUCAGAUACGACUUUCACACCCCCUUAACGAUCCCCAGCGGCAACCACGUACUUAAAUUACAUUCUUUUCUCAAAAUUCAUUAAUCAGAGGUAUAGGUGUGCUAAAUGUUCGACGUAUCAUCGAUGUUCGACUCCCUUCGUAUUCGUUGUUCAUUGCGGUGCUGUCGUGUCAUAGGGAUAAUCAGUGUGUCUCGGCAUAUCCGAAAAAAUGAAUAUUUUUCAGAAUGAUACUUAGAGGCGGUAACGACUAAUCCUAGUACUCGCAGUUUAAUCGAUGAAAGGAAGGGAUGUUCAUUAAGGGGAUGUGAAAGUGGCAUCCGAAAGCUCAAUCGUUCAUGAAAUUGUUUUACGAACUGGGUGUACCGAAUCAUUUAAACUUUACAACCUGAACG